AGUAAUCCGGAGAUAGCCGUUUCAAGAUUGCUAAUCUAUCGUCAGCUUACUGAGUGGCUGUUCGUAUUUUGCCUCUAACCGUGCACAUUGCCUUUUCUUUAUAGGUCAUGUCUUUUAAACGAAAAUGACGGUUUGCAUAUGAGCCUUCAAAUAACGACGAUCGUGCAAUGGGAUCUAGGCCACAUUCUUCAGCUUCGAGUAUACCCAGGUAACGUCACGGUCCCCCGUUGGGCGCCAAAUGUCAGAGAGUGGGGAAAGUUGUCGGCCAGUUCGUGACUCGAACCCGGGACUCGUCGCUAACAGACGUCAGAAGCCAGAAACUGGAACACGGUUACAAUUCCUGUACGACCUAGAUGUAGACAAGUUUGAAAAACAAGCAGCCCGACUAUAUAAUGCAAGCAAACAACUGUCUAAGUAUCAACCAGAGAUACACAAAAAACAAAAAAAGCAAAAUAUUGACAACUACACCAGUAAGCGUCUCGUGAUAUAUAAGGAUAUUUAUCAAUCAGAGUUAGAGGAAGCGGAAAAGAGCUGUAUGGCCAUUACAAAUCUUUUAAACCGGGAUACACCGAAAUCUGGAAAACUUGACAGCCCCACGCGAGAACGGGCUGAGAAGAAACAAAAACGUGAACAUGCACAAGAUUCUAGAGAUCGUUCAUGGGAGGUGACAAUGUGGAGAGAAAAGCAUAAAAAAGCGGAAGAGGACAGGGAUGAAUACGUUGCAUUGUACAUCAGUUUGAAAGAUCAAGUUGAACGUCUAAAUCAAGACCUGGCUCGACUUAAGGAAGACAAUGCAAAGUUACGGAUGAGAAUGUCCGAACGUGAAAAGGAAAUUAGAGAUUUGCAAAGCGACAACGCAAGUCGCUUACGAAACUAUCGGAAGGAAAAGGCAGAGAAAGAUGAGGCAUUGACAAGCUUAAGUGCCGUGAGGAAAACAUUCUUAGAUGAUAAACCGAACAUCGCUUACCUGAUUGACGUGAACAGGCCAACCAAGAUUGCUGAACAAUUGAGCGAGCUUUAUGACAACGAGUGGACUGAUGCGUUUGACAGUUUAGAGAAAAGGCAUCCUGGCAUAGAUAGUGUACAGAAACUUGUUAACAUAUUAAAGGUUAUUUAUGAACAAUGCCUUGAGAUGGCAUGGGAGGAUUUCUUUCCACGCGUUCAAUAUGCAAUAGAUUUACCAGCUAAAGUUUUACAGGAAUUCAAGCCUUUUACGCGCUUAGAAUAUGAAGUUGCCCUUACGAAAGAAAUGAAGCAGUAUAUAACAGAGUUCAGGAAACGCAGAGUCCAUAUUAAUCUUCCUAUUAUACAAAGAUUGCUAGUGCCCAAAAAUGGUGACUCUGAUGAGCUGCGUCCCUACUACAACAAGUGUGUAGAGGUGUGCUGGCUGGCCGCGGUCCAGGAUCCACCUCUGUUCAUGAACUUCAACCCGGGAGCGAAGUUUGACACAACGCUGUUCAAGGACUACACCACCAGAGGCCCGUAUGUGGAGUUCUUGGUAUGGCCUGCACUCUAUCUCCACAAAGAUGGACCACUUCUGAGCAAAGGGGUAGCACAAGGAACACUGCAAUCUCGAGGCGUUCAAGGUUACACUACACAAGAUAGUGUCGGUGGAAGAAGAGCUGCUGAUCGACCAGAAUCAGUAGAUUCUAGAGAUCAUUCAUGGGAGGUGACAAUAUGGAGAGAAAGGCAUAAAAAAGCGGAAGAGGACAGGGAUAGAAACAUGACAUUGUACCUCAGUUUGAAAGAUCAAGUUGAACGUUUGCAAAAAGGCCAGGAUGAUCUAAAGGGAGAAAAAGCUAAGUUGCGACAGGAACUGUCAGAGCGGGAAAAGGAAAUCAAAUAUUUGCAAAGUGAAAAUGCAAGUCUUUUGCAAAAUUAUAAACAAGAAAAAGCUGACAAAGACGAUGCACUCACCAGGUUGAAAGAGAGACUGUCAGAGCUUGAGAGAGAGAGAGAAAAUACGCGUCUGUUACGAAAUAAUAGACAAGAAAAAGCUGAGAAAGAUGACGUAUUGACCAGGAUAAGUGUGGUUGCAUCAAGCAAAAUCCGUGAUAAUAAUCCGAACAUUGCUGACCUGGCUGACGUGAACAGACCAACCAAGAUUGCUGAGAAAAUGAGCGAACUGUAUGACAACGAGUGGACAGAUGCGUUUGACAAUUUGGAAAAAAGUCACCCUGACAUAGAUGUUGUACAGAUUCUUGUAAACAUAUUAAAGAAUAUCAAUGAACAAUGCAUUGAGAUGGCCUGGCAGGAUUAUUUUCGACACGUUCAAUCUGCAAUCGAAUUACCAGCUAAGAUUUUACAGCGCAUCUUUAUGCAGGAACUCAAACCAUCGACACAUCCAGUCAAUGAAAUUCGCCUUACGAAAGAAUUUCAACAACAGAUAAAAGAAUUUAGAAAACUCAGAGCCCCUACUACUCUGCCUAUUAUACAAACAGCACUGGUUCCCAAAGAUUUUGACUCCGAUGAGUUGCGUGCCUACUACAAUAGGUGUGUCGAGGUGUGCUGGCUGGCUGCGGUCCAGGACCCGCCUAUGUUCAUGAACUUCAAUCCGGGAGUGAAUUUUGACACAACGCUGUUCAAAGACUACACCGCAAGAGGCCCUUUUGUGGAGUUCUUGGUGUGGCCUGCACUCAAUCUCCACAAAGAUGGACCACUUCUGAGCAAAGGUGUAGCACAGGGAACACGGCAAUCUCGAGGCGUUCAAGUAUACACUAGACGAGAUAGUGUCGGUGGAAGAAGAGCUGCUGAUCGACCAGCAACAGUUGCCGUUAAGUCGAGCAAAAUCCGCGACAAUAAUCCGAACAUUGCUGACCUGAGUGACGUGAACAGACCAACCAAGAUUGCUGAGAAAAUGAGCGAACUGUAUGACAACGAGUGGACAGAUGCGUUUGACAGUUUGGAAAAGAGUAAUCCUGGAUUGGAUGUAGUAAAGACCCUGCUGGAUAUCUUAAAAACUAUCAAUUCAAAGUGCCAAGAGAUGAGCCGCUGGCAGGUUUUCAUUCAACAAGUUCAAUCGGCAAUUGAGCUUCCAGCCAAAGUUUUAAAGAAAACAAAACCCGAUGUUUGGUCCAACAACGUUUACCUACCGGAAGAUCUACAGCAGAUGAUAAAACACCUUAGGAAAUUAAAAGCUCCCUUUGUUUUACAUAUCAUACAAUCAGAACUGUUGCCCAAAGAUGUAGACUCCGAUGAGCUGCGUGCCUACUACAACAGGUGUGUGGAGGUGUGCUGGCUUGCCGCGGUCCAGGAUCCGCCUCUGUUCAUGAACUUCAACGCGGGAGAGAAGUUUGACACAACACUGUUCAAAGACUACACCGCCAAAGGCCCUUACGUGGAGUUCUUGGUGUGGCCUGCCCUCCAUCUGCAUGAUAAAGGUCCUCUGCUAAGCAAAGGAGUUGCACAAGGUAGUCAUGCAGUAACUCAACCGCAAGGAUUUAAACCAAAUUUUAAAGAACAGUCGUCUUUAGGACAUCUGGAACGUUCACAACCUCAUAUGAAGGAUGAAAGAAGAUCAUUACGUGUCCCCAAAAAGCCCCGACAUGUAAACCGGUCUAACAGCAACACAACAUGUUAAUCACAGGCGAAAGGCAUUCAACAGAAAAAUUUCAGUUACUGCAGUGUUCAAAAGUAUACGUGCAAGAUUCAGUGUUGUGUUUACCUUCCCUGUAUUUAUAAACUUGAACAUAUUCAUAUACUUCGCUUGUAAUAUUUAUAUUUUUUUGUUGUAGAAGUAUGUAAGUAAUUUACUUUUCUUGUGUUAACCUAAAUGUGUUUUCAUUUUAUUUUGAAUCAAUUGAAUUUUUUUAACAGUUGAAGUAUUAAGUAAUUAAACAAAUUUUGUCCGUUAAGAAUGCGCAUGUAUUUACCUUAUAUGUAAGUUAACAAUAUCGGAACGAGAUAAGUGGAUAAUUACAGUUUUAACCCAUUGUUUUUUUUACAAAUAUUUGGUGGGAAUACGACAUAUUUGUAUCGAAUGAAAGGUUAAUAAUACAAUUCCUGCCUACACAUAAAUUGCAAUGUUGGUCCAGCUUAUUUGCACGAUGUCCGGCGAACGUUUUUCUACGAGGUUAAGGUUAGUGUGUUAUUGUUCAUUAUAAUUUUGCAACUGGUUGUUUACAAAUAUUUAGCAUGUUUUUUCCCUUUUAUAUGUGUAUUAAUAUGCGCAACAAUUAUGCGAUAAAGAAUCAACGUUAUUAAAACCGCGGUUGUGGCCUUGCUUUACGUUUUAUAUAUUUUAAUGUUUUUGUGUGUCAUGUAUGCAUUUAUCUAUCAUCGAUACUGAGAAUACAAUGUGUUGUCUAGUGACAAAAGAUUUCGAUUUAUGCUACCUUGGGGUACUUUUAUUUAAAUAAACAAUAUGCAAUCAG